AUCUUUGAUGGCAUUUUUAUAAAUUUCAUAGCAUUCCUCUGUCGUAGAUCUUGUGCUAAAUGCACGAACUGAUUAUCUUUAAAAAAAUUUUAAAAAUACAUGAUAUCAUUCUUGGUGAAGUUGUUGGUGCCCGUUUGAUUUCCCAUGCUGGAAGUCUUACGAAUCUAGCUAAGUGCCCUGCUUCUACACUUCAGAUCCUUGGUGCCGAAAAAGCACUGUUAUGGAUCUUCAAAACACAAGGAUCAAUGAAAUUAGUUGAACAAGCAGUUAUUUAGGUUGUCCAUGUUAAAUCUAUAUUAUGCAUUCUUAUUGUCUUUCAUUGAGCUAUUUGCUUGCAGGCAAUCAUUUACAAUGCAUUUGCUCCAUCUUAUGACAUCAUGGGCUGUUGUUUGUGACGUGUGGUACUUGGAACCUCAAAAUCUAAAACCAGGCGAGACGCCAAUAGAAUUAGCAGAAAGAGUCAGGGACAUAAUAUCUAUUCGAGCUGGUCUUAAAAAGGUUCCUUGGGAUAGAUAUCUGAAAUACUCUCGUCCUGGUCCAAAGCACACUGAACAGAAGCAACAAAUCUUCACAGAGUCGGUUCUGCGACGUCUCGAGGAAAAAUGAAGAAAAAUCAGGCUCGUGUAUGGAAUUUUCCCUUUUCCAUUUAAUGUCCCCAUGGGGCUCGUUAUGUUCUAUUUCUGGUUUGAAUAAUUUUAGUCAUUUCUUUCAGUUAGUGCUCAUUGUCAAAUGAAUGGUUCAUGUUAAAAUGGUAAAGGUCUAAAUUCUAUGACUGAAGUUUAUUUGAUUGGUGUUAAUGCAAUCUCUAUUCAAAAUGGAGUCAACAAUUAUAAGGUCUAAAUUUUUGCACAUGUACACCACUUGAGCGGUGGACGAGCUCUUCCCCUUCCCAUUAGUACUCUACACAUUUUUACAUUGAAUUGAUUUUUUUAAAUGUCGGUAUUAAACUAAUCAACAACAUUAGUCCAUGUAAUUACGACGAUAUACUCACACGUG